GCGCGGACCUGGCCAUGCUGGGGCCCACGCUGCUGGACUUGAAGGAGCAGCUGGGCGUGUCUGAGGGGGCUGCCUCUGUGUUGUUCCCCUGCCGAGCGCUGGGCUACAUGGCGGGCGCUCAGCUGGGCGGAAAACUUGGGCGUGCCCGCAACAUAGCGUUGGCACUGCUUGUGCCCCUGUCUCUGACGUGCAUGGGCGCCGCGGCGGUGGCAUUCGUGAGAGACCUCGCCCUCGCCUGCCUGCUCAUGUCGCUCCAGGGCGUAGCGAUGUCGGACCCAGAGGGGGAGGGCGCGGUGAGCUCUGUCGUGCUGGGCUCAGGCGUCUUCCUCUUCGUCUACGUGGGCAUCGAGGUCGCGUUCGGGGGCUACGUGGACGCCUUUGCCCAAGAGAGAACGUGGCUGGGCGCCUCCAAGCUCGACGCGGCCCAGCUGACGUCGGUCUACUGGGGCGCCCUCUGCCUCGGCAGGCUCGUCGCGGCGGCCGCCACCUCGCACGUCCACCACGCCCGGUACCUCGCCAUGCACCUCGUCCUCGGCGUAGUCGAGGGGCCGAAAGAGGACAUGCGGGCGAACCAGGAGAUGGACGAUUCGGUGCGCUACUACAGGGCCAAGAAGACAUACUACCAGGAUGCAGGGACAGUGGACAUGGUCGGCACCGUGUGGUACUUCCCCCGUGCCCUCGACCAUGUGCUGCUCAGGCGCGACUUGCUCGGCGCGGCGCCCGCAAACGGCACGGUCCAACGCGACGAGACGGCAGACGUGUUCGCUGCGCGCCACCCCGCAAGGAAGAUUGGGCCGCGGCGGACCGCGCUGGCAGUCUACAACUCGGUCGAGACGUCGGCAGCAGCGGGGCUGCCGGCCGCGAUAAUUAGCGCGAUCGAGAAGUGCGACGCAGACGCACGGGCUCGGCUGAGCGCGGGGCGGGGGGCGGGGGCGUCUCUCAUCGCGCUCGAGGAGUGCGGGAACAACGCGGUCUGCAAGACCGUAUUCGCGGUGUCCGGGAUGGCCGUCAAGCGCCUUUGCCUCAAGCGGCUGAAGAAGGGUGAGGGCGGCCAGAAGUGCCUGGUGGCCGACUGCAUCGACGAGAGUACCACCAUGGGCAUGCAGGCCCAGAAGUGGUUGCGCCGCAAGACCGACAUCGGAGCCGCCACGGGCACCGCGGGGGAGCCGCGGGUGGGCUCCGCCGGCUGGCAGCGCGGCGUGGCCGCGCCGGUGUUCGCCUUCGGCUUCGCGCGGGCGGCUCGGCCGCUUGGCGGGGGCGGCGACGCGGUCGAUUGUCAGCGGAGCCCCAGAAGCUUCUGCCCGUGCCAGCUGGUGCUGGCCCUGGCGGCCGCGGCCGCCUUCCUGUGGAACGGGGCGGGGCCGCUGACGCGCAAGGAGCACUAAGGAGGCGAGGCAUCAGGGCGCGGCCUCCCUCCAGCGGACUGGCGAGGGCAUCGGCAGGGGAGCCAGGCCUCCCCCAGGCCUCCCGCAGAGCCUGGGGGCGGCCCCUGCAUUUACGGGGUGGUGGCCGGCGAGGGCAGCGGAGAGCACGCGCCCGCGGCGCUUCCCUAUGCCGCGGCGCCCCGAGGCUGACGGGCGUGCGACGUCGCGAGCGGCUCCGCGGGAGA